AAGUUUGGGCACAGUCUCAGUACGUUGCGCACUGUCUUGCUAGGAACAGUCGGACGUUUUGUGCCUUCGGUCUUGUCACUCGCUGCUAGCUAGCUCUAAACCAAUACCCUGUUUUCUCAACGCUCUUUUGCCGCUGUUCGCAUUCGCAACUGUAGUAUAGCUGGACAACAUAAAGAAAACAAUAGACAUGAACACUGAAACAGAUCCCCGUCAAAACAACAAUGGCUUGAAUAAUUAUUCAACAAAAGCUGCGCCGACCUCCCAGAUUCCUGGUCUGUCGGAAGAUGCUAACAAUGGUCCUGAGGAGAGGAGUAAAGGGCGCCGGACGGGAAUAAAUGAGUCUGACUCUGCUUAUACUAAACUGGCCAAACAAGGAGGACAAAGGGGUCUCUUGUGGCAUGAGGAGACCAACUUGGACACCAAGCCAAAUGCAGCCUCAUCAUACAAAGCCCCUAACUGGUUUUCUGGAUCUCCAAAAGCUCAAGAGCAAGCAAGUCCAACUGAAAGCUUCCAAAACUACAUGACAAGUACUGCUCCCUUUGGGAGUGAUAAUAAGUCAACUUGGGAAAGGGACUUUGAUGACAAAGAGAAGAUAUCUCCAAACAGCCAGAUGGAGAGCUUGUCUUUAGCAUCAGAAAAGAAUGAAGAAGCAGCUGCAGGCAACUUCAAGAAAGCCCCAGCAGCCCCGCUAUCCAUGGAUGGGGCUAAAGAAAUGUCUCAAGAAUCAAAGAAUUCGACCCCAGUAAACAUGUCUAAGCUGUUGAGCUUUGGCUAUCUAGAGGACAAGAAAGGGCCAAAUUCUGAUUCAUCAACAGGAUCCAAGGAGUAGAAAACAGUAGAAGUAGUAGAGGACAACCUACUUCAUCAGUGUUUUCCAGAACGUUCGUUCACAGGUUUUGCCUGUUCACUACCACAUGUAUGUCAACUAAAGCAGUUAAUGUUGGUAUAAUAGCCUAUGUGUGCUUGUUCCAAGAAGUAUACACAAUUCCAAAAUUAAUUCUGUAAGUUUGCGCUGACAGACUCACUCUGUUUUGUGCCUGAAGUUGUUGCUAAUAAACUGUAUUUGCACUGUAACACUAAUAAGAACAAAUGUAAUAUGUUACGCCAUGAUCUUGUUCAUCUCUUGUUGUUGUAGUUUUCAGAGUGAUAGUUUGCUUUUAAAAGGUGUCUAUUGCUUAGAAUGGCUCCUUUAAAAAAUGCCUGGUGUUUAAAGUGUUAUGUAUUUCUUGUGCCUCAUUAUGGUUGCUAUAAAGUUUUUUUGUUUUUUUAAAUAAAUCUGUUGUGCAUGGAAA